CUUCCAUUUGUAGGAAGGGGGGGUCGAGUUGGGCUCAACAUGAACCUGCCUCUCUGACACUCCGGGCUGGGACAAGCAGGCAGCAGCCGGCCGGCCGCUCCCCAAGCAGCAGUCGCACAGGGGAACCCACCUGGGGUGCUCUGAACAUCAGCAACAAGUUAUUACCUGGGUGCUGCAUUACUCAUGGCUGUCACUUAUAGAGCUGUCACCCAUCUGGACCUGCUUUCCCAGCAGUACCCUCCACCCCUGCUGCCCAAGCCUGGAAAGGACAAUGUUCGGCUUCAGAAGCUUCUUAAAAGAACAGCUAAAAAGAAGGCCUCCACUCAGGCAACGCAGUCUGCAGCGCCUUUCCGCUCAAGUCUUUCCCCUGUGAAUGAAGCGAGCCCUGACCUCGAGCACAGUGACCACUCUACCCCUCCCCGGACUCCAGAGACACCGUUCAACUACUACAGCAGAGUUCAGCAGCCUCCGCGCUUUAGUGUCAGGCCACUGUAUCAACAUGUGGCCUCCCCUUACCCUCAGCGUGCAGCUUAUGGCAGAGCAGCAAGGUUCUCACCUCAGCCAGUGGCAAUCCCAUCAUACGCGCAGCAGGUCACUUCAGCUAGUUCAUAUUCAGCAUUAUCACCAGCUCCGGGGCCAGUUGACCAUUCAGCAGUACCCAAAAUAUCUCUGUUAGACUAUUCUGUGCCUACAGUCGCAUCUGCGGCUGCUGAGGUGAAAAAGCCAGCUUUUAGCACGUCAUUAAAAUCCACAAGUCCAGGUCUGGCGCCGUAUCAAGCAGCAGGAGGUCAAGCUUACCUUCGGCCUCUCACUGUGUUGACCCCUCUCAUCAAACCAAAAAGUCCUCGUCCAACUUUCAGAGCAACCGAACCCUCAAGGUCACCAAGACCUAUGUUUGAUGUCCCUCAAAUAAGAAUGUACACAGCAAGCACAUCAUUCUAUGAGUCAUCUAGGACUCCACCAGUGUAUGACACAGCAGAAUUAACUGCUAUAGGAAGCACAGUCCCUCAAAAGAAAAUACAAACGGGAACAAAACUAGAUUUGACCCCUUUGUAUGAGGUCAGAGAAGGCACAGCUGCGAUCUCUCAGCCUCCUAACUUGGGCACAGAUUUACUCAGCAAACCCCCAAUUUCAGAAGUUAAGAGGAACACUACACCAACAGCAGGGAUCGACAUCGCUCCUGCCCCUGAAAUCAAGAGAGCAACUCCGACACCUGAAAUCCAAAGAGCAACUCCAACAUCUGAAACUAGAGCGAAAACACCAACUUAUGAGUUCCAAACAUCAAAAACUGCAAUGGGGCGGCCUAGAACACCUGCAUAUCAUGUGACCCGAGCUGCGACACCAGUGUUUGAAAUCUCAAGACCAAAUCCGCUCUUGUUUGCAGUGUCGCCAAUGACAGUAGAGCCUGAGAAAUCACACAUGCAGACAAUUGCUUCUGACAUGAGCAGCUUGUCAGCGACCCAGUGUGAAACUUUACCAAAUGGUGACAUUCUUUCAGAGGUGACGCCACAAACUCAACCAAUCCAACAAAGUAUAUCCAAAGCAAAAUCUGAGCCUGUUAUUAUAAGCGAAAAGAACAAAACUGCUCUAGCUGAUUCUCAAAGAGCUACAACUCCGACCUUUGAACCAACAACACCAGUUGCGACUUCUUACACUAAAACUCCAACCUAUGAGGCAACCCGUCUUUUGACUGCAUCACCUGGCUAUAAAAGACCAAAAACACCAACUGGUGUAUCUCCUGUAGCCUUUAAAAGACCUAGAACCCCAACCCAAGUGAGUCAAACAUCAAAGUCCGGCUAUCGCGGUUUGACACCGGCUGAAUAUGCUGCUUAUGGUGGAAUCAGAACCUACUCUCCAGCAUUUGGCAUCUCUAGAACAACUGAAGAGGUGGUUAAAGUUACAGAAGAAGGGUCUGCAGAGUCUAAACUAAUGAGCCAAGGACAUUCUAUGACAGCACCUUCAAUAGCUGGGGUGUCUCAAGUCAAAGAGGAUCCCAAAGAUGAAGAUAAACCCCGUCUUAGAGAGGAGAAGGUUCCCACCACCCCUGCAAUCCCAAUUAUUGUUGUUUCACAGGCAUCUGACACCUCAGGGACAACAUUAACAAGAGAGACAAGUACUGUGUUUAGUCAUGUUACAGUAAAACAAGAAAAAACACAGACGCUUGAAAGGGUGGAGCCCCAAGUUCAAAAAGCUGUCAAAACCAAAACUCCUGAAACAAAACAUCCUCCACCCAAAGAUCCUAUGAUGGCAGUAAGGAAAUUGUUCGGCAAAGAUACAGUCCAGGCUGACAAACAGAAAGCUGGAACAGUGGGAAAAACUGAUGCGUCAGAAGCAAAAAAGCCAGUAACUUCCACCAUGACUAAAGCUGAAGGCUCAAAGCCAACCCCUGCAGCCCCUGCCCUGCCUACUGACACGCCUGCUGCUCAAUCAAAACCAAAUGAAAAGAAAGAACAAGAUAAGGAAGCAGAACCAGCGGUUAAAUCUGCACUUGAGAAGAAGGAAGGCGGUGAGUCGGCCCCUGCAGCUGAGCCACUUCUUAAAGUCCUACAAAAGCCAAAGGGAAUGAAAUCGAAAGUGAGUGGUUGGUCCCGCCUCAAGAAGCACAUGGUGGUGGAGCAGGAGGAGCCCAAAUUUCCAGAAAUCUCUCCGAAUGAGACCACUGGGCAGGACCAGAAGGAGGUGAAAAAGACUGAUGAGAGCACUGAAGAUGCUUCAGAUAAGAACCAAAACAAAGGCGCUGCCAUGGCAACAAAGAUGUGGGACGCCGUACUGUUCCAAAUGUUUUCCACCAAAGAAAACAUCAUGCACCAGAUUGAGUUAAGCAAAAGCGAAAAGGAGACGACAACAGAGACAAAGGAGGAGACGAAAGAUAUACCCUCGUUUGCUUUUCGGCUGCCUCUUCUGCUCUUUAGUCCAAAGUUUAAUGCAAAAAAGUUGAAAGAGGCGGCUUCAAAGCCAGUCACGAAAAAGUUUGAAAUGGGUCUAAUUGGGCGGAAAGGUAAAGAAGAGGAACCAAAAGACUUUAAUAGAACAGCGAGGGGGUUCACUUCAACUUAAGUUAUGUGUCGUGUGAGGAGCUGAAAUAAUAAUGUAAAGAAAAAAUCAUGUUUAAUGUACAGGUCUGAUGUCUUUGUCUCUGUGUGUUGUAGAAACCUCAGCUUUAAACUUUGUACUUAACUAAAUGUUACAUGUUGAAUUAGUGUGACUGGAUGUCAACACAAAUGUUUAUACUUGUGGAUUAGCUGGGACAAGAGAGCUUCAAUAAUUGUCUUAAAGUCAUUCGGGCAUCACAUCAAAUUAAAGCCUUUAUGUUUUAAGUAAUUUCAGAGCUUCUCAUUUGUUCCUUUCAUCACAUGUUCACAAUAAAUGUUCAUUGUGGCUGAUGUUAUAUUGCUAAGAGAAUGGAUUGUUUCUACGUAGUUAUUUAGUCAGUUCAAUCAAGUUUACGUUAAAGUAAUGGUUUCAAGACAAAUCAUUUUGCUCUGUUUAAUAAGCUUUCAAAUAUUCUCUUUUAUUCAAAAUGGUGCUACUUGCCUCACGGUAAGACCUCUCGUUAAAUGGAUGAACACGCAGAGGGAUGUGGUUUUCAGUUUAGGUUUUUUUUUAAUUUUUUUUUUUAUUUAGGUUGUGGAUGGUUAUGCUUAUAGUUUAUGAAUUAACUUUCUUUAAAGUACAACAAAAUAAGACCUUAAAACCAUCUAGAUUCCAAUAAUGUCACUGGGGCAGGGAUGUAAGGCACGGAAGGUUGACUUUAAGAGGUACGCUCGUACUGCGGGAUGUCAGUUAGGUUCAAAAAGACUGAUGGGAUGGAAAAGGCAGAGAGGAGCGAGAUUGUUGAAACCUGUAACAGCAAUGAGAGUUUAGAAUCUUUUUUUUGUUUUUUUUUUAAAUAAGGGACAAGUACUCAAAGAACUGAUGAAGGUAGUUUUCUUUCUCACACUGGAGGAUCUUUAGUGAAUGUUAGAGACUAAUGGUUUGUGAUUCAGUCAAAUGUAGAAAAAAAUUAAAUAAAAAAGAGUUAUCACAGUGUCAGUCUAAAAGUAUUGGAUGACAACAGGAGAAGAAAAAAAGAAUAGAAUGAAAUAAUACAAAACACCAGAUUUGUGGUGGUUUCAGUUUCUUUAACCACAAAACUUUUUAAUUUAUGAGAGUAAGUUAAGUUAAAUGUGUUAGUUGCCACCACCAUGAUGGAGGUCAGUGGGACACUGAACUGUUGGGUCUAAGGUCAACAUACAUGAAGGGUUUUCUUGAGUUGCAGGAUAAGGAAUUUAUUAUAACCCUGCUGGGUGACAUUGGUUUUAGCAGGAGUUUUAGGAUUUGUUUUUUCUAAUGUUAUUUCUAAUAAUCUGAUAGUGUGUGAUAUAGUUGUGGCUUAAUCCAGGUACAGUUUUAUAAAGGUAUACAUUUUUUUUCCCCUGUGUUUCUUCUCUGAAGGAAUUACAAUCUGUUGAUACUUUCAAAAUAAAUGGCAAGUUUUCCCUG